GAGAGAGAGCGGGAGGAGGUUUCAGAUCUGCCGGAGAACCAAAACCGGAGGCGUUUUCCGGCAGCGAUGUGUAAUCACGGGAAGCAGCAGCAGCAGCAGACGAAGAAGAAACAGAGCACUAGUAGUGGGAAUAAUUACAAUAAGGAGAGGAAGAAGAAUUCGAAGAAGAUGCUGGCCAAGUUUCAGGACCUGCCGCAGUAUAUGAAGGACAACGAGUACAUCUUGGACUAUUACCGCUGCGAGUGGCCGUUGAAGGAUGUCAUCUUCAGCAUCGUAGGCUGGCACAACGAAACCCUCAAUAUAUGGACGCAUUUGUUGGGGUUCAUGAUAUUCGUGGGACUAACGGUGAUGAGCUUUAAGGACAUGGGAGCUCUGCUCGGCAAUUUCUCCAGGGCUGGGAUUUCCGGGCCCUUUCUGACGAUGACGAUGAUGAUGAUGAAGAUGAACCAGCUCAAUGUCUCCGACAGUGGAUUUGCCCAGAAUUCACAUAUGAAGGAAAUGUCACAGUCAUCAUUCAUUCAUACUAACAAGGAAGAUGGUUUUGGUGCAAUUCCAAGCUGGCCUUGGUUUGUGUUCUUAAGUGGUGCUAUGGGCUGCUUAAUCUGCAGCUCCCUAUCCCACCUCUUUGCUUGUCACUCCAAACGCUUCAACUUUUUCUUUUGGCGUCUGGAUUAUGCCGGCAUCUCCCUUAUGAUAGUUUGCUCCUUCUUUGCUCCCAUAUACUAUACCUUCCACUGCAAUCCAUACUCUCGCCUUUUCUAUCUUUCUUCAAUCUCCGUUCUGGGUGUACUUGUCAUCAUUACACUCCUUUCCCCGAGUCUCUCUGCGCCCCGUUUCCGGUCAUUUAGGGCAACUCUCUUCCUCUCCAUGGGCUUCUCCGGUGUCAUUCCUGCUGUUCAUGCCCUUGUUAUCCAUCGGGACCAAAAACCAAUACUUGUUGCUCUGGGGUAUGAACUUGCUAUGGCCAUUUUUUAUGCCACUGGAGCAGGGUUCUAUGUUAGUAGGAUACCUGAACGCUGGAGACCCGGUAAAUUUGAUAUUGCAGGACACAGCCAUCAGAUCUUCCAUGUGUUUGUUGUGUUAGGCGCUCUUGCGCACAGUGCUGCCACUCUAGCUGUCAUGGAUUUUCGGCGAGGAUCGCCAACCUGUGUAUAUUAGGCAUUCCAUUCACAAGCGUAGCUACGCAUCACACCAGUGAGGAAUCAAGUCUCUGUGUACUGCACCAAGUUUUGUAUUGCUUUCUUGUUUAGCUUGGCCUUGGCUCUCCAUCCGAAGGAAAAAGCCUGCAUUUUCGUUGAAAUAGGUGAGUUCAUGUUGUAACUUGUAUCAGUAGACGAUGAUCAAGUUUCUAUGGGCAACAGGUGGUAUCAUUCCAUAUCACCAGUGACCGUAUUCAAUUUAAUACAUUUGCCUCUGUAAUAGUGCGUACAA